GUGUAUGCUAAUGAGGAUAAUUUCCAUGUGGGUAAUAGCUGACUGUGUGGAUCAAAUGUCUUUGUCUUUGAGCCACAUUAUGUGCAUUAUUCCUUUGUUUUUUGCAAACAAAACUAAUCCGUGAGUGAGUAUACAGGUAAUGGUUUCUUCAGGCAAAUGAUAGAGAACUGCCACAUCAAGGAAAUGAAGCUGAAAGUCAUGCCUUCACUGAAUAUAAGCUUUCUAUUGACUUAGAAGCUUGUCAAGUUAGCUGCUACAGAGGCUGACCAUCUAUAGUUCACAGCAAUUUGAAGGAGUUUCUACCCUUCCACUGUCAUUAUUGUCAAAUGCUAAAGAGAGAAUAAAUAGAAAUGUGACAAUAAAUUAUCAUUAUUUAUAAAACAUAUGUAUCCUUCCAUAUCUUAGGAAUUAAUUUGUUUACAAAAGUUCAGUCCUUGUAGAGAAUUAUGUAAGUUUAAAUAUAAAUUUAAUUUGCACAUUUGUGAAACAUAAAAACAGGGACAACAACACAGUAAUAAGAUGCAGUGAUAAAAUAUGUAGAAAUAAAAAUAGAGUAUCACAAUGCUAAUAUAUAUCUAUACCAUUAUUAGUAUUACUUUAGGAAUAGGAUGAGCAAUGAUCCUUCUUUCAAACCCCCUCUUAUUUCUGGAAUCACUUUAACCAUUUUUCUCUGUUCUUUCUUCCUCCAUAAUGCAUUUGAUUCUGUUUCAUUUUGUCAUCUACAAAUUAGGUUUACACUUUGUUCAGUGAGAUUUAUCAAAACAAGUAUGAAUAUGAGCAGCAGAUGUCUGUCUAUAGAUCUGUGUGAGGAGGCAGACAGCCAACUACUUGCCUUCAUCUUAUUUUUCAUCAUUUCCUGACUUAUUUUUCUUUCCCCAAAUUAGCUUGGAGCUACUGUCUGAUUCUCAUUCUGGAAGGAUUAAUCCACAGACUCCCAGCGGGACUGAUAAAAAACAGUUCAAACAUAAAAACAACAGUAAAGCAGCAGUAAUUGUCCUCUGGUACCACAAACAAACUGUUAAUUUGAAGAGUGCCUUCCUCUUUCUGCAUCUUGUAAGUGGUGUGUGGAAUGUCAAAUACAUUAUGCCAAAGUGAAAACAACAGUCCAGAGUUUAGUCAGUUUGCAUUUUAACAGCAUUGGAUCAGAGUAGUAUUUUGAAGCGUGUUUUUUCCACAAGCACACUCAGUUUGUUCUUAAAUCAAAAUCAUAAUCCUCUGGAUGUUUCUCAGGCGGAAACUCAUCUCGCCUUUUGUCGAGUGUUUCUCAUUUAAUCUGAAAAAUUUAUUUUUGGAUUGUUUCUUUAUCUACAGGCUUACUCUCAUUCACAUAUCAUCUCACCCUCAGCCUUCAGGAAGGCUAAUGUGAAGAAAACCAGUAAUAAACACCAUAGAUUGUCUGGGAUUUUGCUUUCUGUUCAGUUCACUGCACAUUUUUAGCUUAUUCAGGCUUCACAUUGACAUUCCAAUUUUUAAGCCAGGUGUGUUCAGCUUGAUAUGAUCUAAAUGUUGACUGGAUGUUUUGUGGCAAUGGAUAGGUUGAGCUAAAAACAAUCAGAUAUACAUGGAUUGAGGGAUGCAUCUCCUCUCAUGCAGUACAGUCAUCCUGGCAGCUAUAAUAACUGCCAGGAGGAGGCGCUUAUCUCACACUGUGCAGAAGGAUAACUGAGGAACUGAAUCACAAAAAACUGUGACUUUGUCCCCUGUUAUCAAAACCCAAAGCGUGUGUCUCUUAUGAUUUAGCUGCCCUGACAUUACCACAUUAUGAAUGACGAUAGAGUCCAGUGUGACAGAGCUGAAAAUAUACUUUCAGUAAACAUAAUAAAAAGAUGAAAAGCAAAGAUAUGACAUAAAUUCAUGCCGUUUUCAAAUCAGGUCUGCAAUUUGUCAUAUAAACAAUCUCAGCUGUUAAACUUAGACACUUGAAGUGCUGCUCAGUAAAUCAUACUGACAAUAAUGAUAGCUACAGUAUGUCUGAGUGGUUGUUUUAUGGAGUGAAGGUCUGUUCUAUUCACCCCCCACUGACAUGUUUAUUUCCAAGAAGAAGAAGAUAGAUGAGAGGCAUGAGUUUGGAGGGAAAACUAUAUUAUUAGAGUACAAUUACCAUAAUCUGCAAGUUUGGGUGCAUUUGUUGUGUGGAAGUGGAACCAUAUAUUGUGUUGUUUGCAGUAACCAAAUAUGUAACAGAUGCAGCAAUUAGCCCAGAAGUUUAUUUAAAUCUUCUGUAUCUAAACUCAAGUAGAGUGUUCUUUACGUUUCUUUAAGUUUCUGUUAUAUGUUUAAUUUGUUUCCCAUAUCUAUUCUGUACCCAGUAUAUACUGUAUGAACAUAGGAUAAUUGGAAAGCUCAAAAUGACAAAGCAUAAAAUGAGUUUUAUGUGUGAACCAUUAAUCUAGAAUUAAAAUUAGCAUCUCUUCAAGCUUUUGGGGCACCAUUGGUGCAACAUCCCAGUCCUGCACCAACCCCCCAAUUUCUCUGUCUGUGAUUUUUAGAGGCCCUGGACAAAAAGAACAUUUAGAGAAGAAACAGUGAUAACAGUGAUCUGGUACAAAACAUAUUUUUGCAGCAUUAAACCUGCAGAUGCGAGAUGCAAACACACAAACACUGGUCCUAUAGAGCUGUGAAGAAGCAGUAAAAAGCUUCAGGCUGUUUCCUGUAGGGGGCGUACAGUUUGACAAACACUGGAUUAGCCUCUGGCAAUGCUCAGGAGAUUAUUCAAACAGCAUCUAAAAAAAGCUCUCCACUCAAUGCUACAUUCACAGAGUGUAAGUGAGCGACACUUGGUGUGGGGUUCAGCUGCCUGUUGCGUGCCAUGACUUCGUUUUACCGGAUACUUAUCCUGUUAUCUGUGGCCGUGGCCUCUGUGGCGACACGCAGGUCCCAGCGGACAAAAAGAGGGUUACUCGAGUUGGCAGGAGCCAUCAAAUGCAGCACAGGGAGAUCUGCCUUGGCUUACAUGAUGUACGGAUGCUACUGUGGACUGGGUGGUCAAGGCUGGCCCAGAGACAAGGCAGACUGGUGUUGCCACAGACAUGAUUGCUGUUAUGGAGAUGCAGAACGUCUUGGCUGCCAAACCAAAACAGAUCAGUAUCAGUGGACGUGUGAGGACAAGACAGCUGAGUGUGAUGAUUUGAAGGACAGAUGUGAAAAGCUGCUGUGCAAGUGUGACAGAGACGCUGCCAAAUGUUUGAGAAAAGCACCAUUCAUCCGGAAAUAUGCCCUAUGGCCAGAUUUCCUCUGUGGUUAUGAACAACCAACGUGUAAUAUUUACUGACACAAUAAAUGCAUCUGCAUGUCACGUUUUCCUUUUGUAAAUAUAACAUGUUACAGUAAUAAUGGGAAUGGCAUUGCUGCAAAAUUCUCAAAGACACUCGAAAUAUUUAGCUUUAGUUUUCUUUUAGUGUUUUCAAUUUCAUAUCAUUAUCAGGCUCUUUUAAUGAAAUCGUGAAAACACAUAAUGAGGUGUGUGAGGAGUAAAACAGUGUUGUGGUUUUGCAGAUACCUUUAUAUCAAAUGUGUUGUUUUAAUAAAAGACAAAACUACUAAUAAAACGUUUAAAGUAAAUGAAAACUACAUUUUGACACACACACACAAACACACACCUCGUGACCGCCUGAAAAGUCCUGAGGAUUACAACUGUAGUUCUCAUAAUGAAAAGGCAACUUGAGCAUUCCUCUGUUGAACCUUAGUCAAGGCUCAGCCAGAAGGUCAAAUGUUAAUCAGUGAGGGAAAGAUCAGAUAGCCGGUCCUCACAACAGUACUUUUAUGUGUUGAAAUACUAUGCAGGGCAUUGGCUUCCUUACAACUGAAGUUGACUCCCUGUGCUUUGGGAAUGUCUGUGACUACACUUCAUUCAUUGGGGUUUUAAAAAAAGCUAUUUGGAAAUUUAGUGAGCUAAUAGGCAAACUGAGGUUUCUUGCUUUUCUAUUUUAAAGUCUGCUAUAAACAGGUUUCUUUCCUUUUUCUAUGAAAUGUGUCAGCUGCAUUGUCAGUGCUAUUUCAGGGACAUGACAACCAGCUGAGAUCUUAUUUAAAAAUGUCAAUGUUGUCUUAAAAAAUUCAGCAAGAAUGAAAGGAAAAGUGUUCAAGACGGUGGUGAGACCAGCGAUGUUGUACAGCUUAGAGACAGUGGCACUGAAGAAAAGACAAGAG